CUAAUGCUGUACCUACAUUCUGCACUUAUUCGUUAGUUGUACAUAAUAGAUUCGCCUCUAAUUGUAGUUAAUGGGUGAGGUGUGCCCCACUAUGGUUCCAUUUCAAUGGUUGUGCACUAAACCAACAGGUGAUGGUAUACGAUCUGGUUAGUCAACACGCAAGAGACCUCGCGGUGUGGUAUGUGACAGUGGAACGGUUCCAUAACGUGCUUUCUGCACCUUCUGUUACCUUUGUUGCUUUUCAAUUUGGAAUUUGUGAUUCUGUGGUGCUUUGAAAGUGAUAGUGAAAUGACAUAGUUGAAACAUUGAACGCUCUUUGUCACAAUGACUAUAACUUAUACUAAUUAUGUUCCCAAUGGGAGCACUUUUGGAUGUUUUUGGAAAGUCUUAUUACUAUGGAAAGGAAGUGUGUACAAAUUAGUAUGGAGGGAACUCCUAGCCUAUUUACUAUUAUAUUAUACAAUAAUGAUAACUUAUAGAUACUUGUUAUAUGAAGAGCAGCAAAGAAUGUUUGAGAAGGUGAUACGUUACUGUGGAGCUCAGACAGAAACUAUUCCAAUGUCAUUCGUAUUAGGUUUCUAUGUAACAUUGGUAGUGGGGAGAUGGUGGGACCAGUAUAAAUUAUUACCCUGGCCUGACACCCUUUGCCUUUUUUUAAAUGCAGGGAUCCCAGGGUCGGAUGAAACUCAAAGACUGAUGAGGCGAAAUAUCAUAAGAUACGUUAUAUUAGCCUUUGUGAUAACUAUGCAGAGGAUAUCGCUCAGGGUGAAGAGGAGAUUUCCUAGUUGGCAACAUGUUGUAGAUUCAGGUCUGAUGUUAGAAAAUGAAAAGAAAAUAUUCGAUCUCAUGGAUGCCAAAACUCCUAUGUCCAAGUAUUGGAUGCCUUUGGUAUGGGCAACAAAUAUAAUAAACAGGGCAAGAAAAGAUUCUCUCAUAACGAGCGACCACAUUGUACAAACGCUACUUUUGGAGCUGUCAGAUAUCAGGAGGAAAUGUGGUGCACUGAUCGGAUAUGAUUUGGUCAACGUUCCCUUGGUGUACACGCAGGUCGUAACACUAGUGUUAUACACUUAUUUCAUUGCUGCACUAAUUGGGAAGCAACAACCGAUCAUUCCAGGUGCCACACACGACGAAGAUGACUUUUUCUACUUUCCCUUAUUCACUGCACUGAGGUUCUGCUUCUUCUUUGGCUGGCUCAAAGUAGCAGAGGUGUUGAUCAACCCAUUUGGCGAAGACGAUGACGAUCUCGAAUUGAACUGGCUUAUCGACAGACAUAUCAAGGCAAGUUACAUGAUUGUCGACGAAAUGCACGAGGAACAUCCAGAGCUCCUGAAGGAUCAAUUCUGGGAAGAAGUCGUGCCGAAGGAACUUCCGUAUACCGUUGCCUCUGAACAUUACCAGAGGGAAGAACCGAAGGGUUCAGCAGACCACUACAAAAUCAAAGCACCCGAUGCUCUCUAUGCCAACUUGGACAUUCCAAAGAAAUCCAUGGUGGACGACAUGUAUGCAGAUUAUGAAAGUGUCGAUACCCCCAUUCAACCAAGAAAGGGUUCGAUGAAUUGGUUCCAGAGGCAAAUAUCACGAACAGGUAUGGGAUCCAUAAGAUCUGCCUCGACUGCUUAUUCCUCUGGAGGAAUUUUCACCAGACCUAGAGGAAACUCGGUGUAUGCUGAUCCUGAGAACGGACAUCUUCCUGGUGUUCCAGUUGGUCAUAAGAUGUCGAUCUAUGAUCGAUUAGUAGGAAGGAAAUCUGAAAAGAAUCAGAGGCAUAGAACAGGAAGCAGAUCUGGAGCUUCAUUGGCCGUGAAGACCAGACCUAGAAUACCAACUCCAGAUGUCACUAAGGAAAUCAUGGAGAGAGAAACUCGUUUCAAUGUUACAACUGCUCCAUCGAAUCUGAAUCAACUGAGCCCUGGGGUUAUAAUGCCACAGCAACUACAGCAAGGUUAUCCGUAUGGUAAUGGUGAAGGUACAAUAGUCCAAGUAGUCUUAUCACCAAUUCAAGAACUGGACGGCACUGGAUCAGUCAACAAUACUCUCCAUGCCAAUCAACCAGGAACUGCAGCUCUUGCCCAAGCAAUACUAUCCCCCUCACUGGGACCUGUCAACGUUCCCAUGACAGUCUCCCAAUUAGCCUCAUUAGGUUUAUCUUCAGUCAACAAUAGUCCUAUGUCCACAAGACAUUUCCGAAUGGAGAACAGAAGCCCAAUGUUCACCUCAAAUUUCGAGAGAAUAUUGAACGACAAACCUUCGAGUCCAAUCCAAGGUUUGACCAUCACAGAACUACCUACCACACCCAUCGACAAAGAAAAGGAUGUGCUGAGAGAUAACGGUACAGUCAGUAGCACAGAAAGCAACUCUUCCAAAUCUUCACACAGUUCAAAAGAGAGCAAAAGUACAGAAGCUACAGCCUCAUUGAAGAACUUCGAGGUUGGAAAGGAGCAUCAAGAUGUUCUCUCGAUCACUCCAAGUGCUUCUGCACCCACAUCGUUGACUGCCUUGGUCUCCGAUGAUGUCAAGAUUAGGAAAACUUCCGUUGUCUCAACGAAUUCUCCUAAGAGGGGAGAGGUAUAUGUUUGAAAUUUGGAUCGUUCAGUGAUUACGUGUUUUAGUCAAUAAUGAAAUAAUGUGCCUUAAUACUUAGUUACGAUACCGGAUGUGGAGUGAACAAUAUUUAAUUCGUUUCGGGGACACUGAAUAUCGGGGGAGUUCAUCUUGUUUUUUAUUGGAGACUGUUGAUUAAUAAAAUAUGAAGAAACAUUUAAAGUUAUCCACAGAUGGAAACUAUUUCUUAAUAAAAAUUACCAGGUGCAGCUUUCGUCAUCUUUCAUCCUAUAAUCUAUAAUAAAUUGUUUUUUCGGAUUGACUAUUUAUAUUCUAUAAUUAUUCUAUUUCUUAUCUUUCUGUAACGGAGUUGGAGUUUGAUUCAGAUGACGUUAUCUGUAACGAUUUCUCAACAGAGGCUCCAAAUGUUAGUAUCAUUUUCAUAAUCACGGUAGAACAAUGUCCAUUCACUCCUUUAUUUACUUCGAUAUUUCUGUGAUUGUGUGUUUAAAAUGAAUAAUUUAUGAACUUUUCAUGUGAAAGCUAUUAUUACUAGAUGCACUAAGGUGAAUUAUUAAAUGAAUGGAUAGUUUUAUCAAUGUUUUAGUGAAAUAUUGGAUUAUAUUUAUGGAACUGAUUGUUUUCCUUACUUUUUCAAUAUGUUCUGAAUUGUGAAUAUGAAAUAAAAAUUCUUUCUUAGGUAAUGAUCUGUUCUAUUUUUAUCAAUAAAUGUAUAAGGGAGUUUUGAAGUGAAAUUAACCAGGUUCGGAUGUCUGAACGACAAAUUCUCAGUCAGUUCAUUGGAAUUAGUCUCACACCAUUGACAUUUUGAAAGAAAAAAAAUUAGGAUUUCCGCUGACAUAUUACAGGAAGUGUGAGAGGGCCAUAGCCAGUAUCGUAAAGAACAUCCAACAUUCAAAAAUUAUCAAAUUGUAAAUAUUCAAAAUUUUAUUUAAUUAAUCCGUAUAGGUAAAUCAGUUUGAACCUAAAUAGUAAAUAUAAUUAGUAUGACUCUACAGGGUGAGUCUUUGAUUUGUACAUAUAUUUCAACCGAAAAUUCUAAAGGUCAAAAGAAACACUUUUUUCCUUUAUCUACUAUUUUUUCCGAUUUGAUUUUUUUUUCACUUAGUAUAGCGGGCAUUUUGGAGUCCGGACUUUGAUGGAAUUUUAUGUUCGGAAGAGAUCAUCACAUCAAUAAAAACGACAUCCCGACAAUCAUUUCCUUCGAUUCCAUUUGCGAGAUAUAAAUUAAUUUUUAAUGGAUUUUCAACAGCCUGUAUCUUUUCAACCGAGCCGAAUCGAAAAAAAUGGUAAGGGUAUAAAGUUUUGACCUCAGGGAUCUUCGGUUGAAAUAUUUGUACAAGUAAAAGACUCACCCUGUAUAGGUAUUUAUACUUUCGAAUGAAAUAUGGGAUAUCCCAAGGUACCACUGAAAUUAUGGUUUAUAGUGAUCCUGUAUUGUAUGAUUAUAACAUCACCUACUGUAAAGGGUGUUUUUUUUUAGAGCUAUAAACUUUAAAUUGCAAUAAAACAACGAUGGAUUAUUCGA